CUUUACUCAAGGACAAAGGAGUUGGUCCAUUUUAAUCCAAGAAUAUCUCCUCUGCAUCGCGAGACGCGAAGUCUCUCCCAGUCUCCCUGUCGCCUGCCCAACCCUCCUCCAUCGACCAUCUCCCUCCACUGGCGGCGCUCCUCCUUUCCCCUCUAUCGACCAUCUCCCUCCCCGACUGCCGCGACGACGACGACCCUUGCUCCGCCAACGCGAAGUCGCCGCUAGCCAUCCCCUUCCUUCCGCCACCGCGACCUCGCCUCGGCCUCAUCUGCUCGCAGCCAGCAGUCCUUCGCCGGCGCCAUUCCUUUCCGGCGACCAGUGCCCCUCUGCGUAGGCCUGCACCCCCGCCAUUAAAACCGGUUAAUAUGGUCUGUUGCGGUUAUCACGGUUAACCGAGCAACUAACUGGUAACCGACCGGUCGGUUGUCGGCUAACCGAUGCAUUCCGUCGGGCGGUUGGCGGUUGACGAGGCUAGCGCCGCGGUUAACCGGUAAUCGAAGUUUCGGUUAUCGAUUAUAACCGAUAUAACCGAAAAUCCAGCCCUACUCAUAACCUGUCCCGGUCCGAUUCGCGUACUUGAUUGGUCUAAGAAACGGCCUGCCCUGACGACCCAUUGACAAAGUGCAUGAUCAAAUCCCCGGUGCCCACUGCCCAGCGAGCUAGAGCCUAGAAGUGGCGAAAUAACGAAGUGAAGGAGUUGGAGAGAAAUGACGACAGCGCCGAUGGCAGUUCCAUGGAAACAGCUUCUCCUGACAGCGUUAGAGUCCAACGCACACCUCAAGCAUUCUUCGUUUCUUCAGCUCGCGACAAUUGGUUGCAACGGUAGACCUUCGAACCGCACUGUCGUUUUCAGAGGAUUUGAAGAGAGCAGCGAUAAAAUUCAAAUCAACACCGAUUCUCGUACUCGGAAGGUUCAAUCUAAGUCUUUUAAUGUUCAAUUCCAGAUAUGUUGGUACUUUACUGACUCUUGGGAGCAAUUCCGGAUCAGUGGACUAGUUGAUAUAAUUGAUGGUUCCAGUUCCGAUCCUGCAAAAGUUGAGCAACGACAUAGAUCCUGGUUUGCAAGUUCAGUGAGAUCUAGAAUGCAAUACCUGGGGCCUAAUCCAGGUCUUCCAGCUUUAACUGAGCAUCCUCACCAAGAACUCGUCCUUGAUCCUUCUUCUGGCCCGGUUGCUGCAUUCUGCCUUCUGGUUUUAGAUCCCAAUGAGGUUGAUUACUUGAAUCUGAAGACUAGCGAGAGAGUAAUGUUUACCACUAGCACAAGCGUUAGUGGAGAAAAGUGCUGGAAUUCAGAGAAGAUCAACCCUUAAACUACUCAAGCAAGUUAUAAAUCCUUGUCAAACUCCAAAUCUGUUUUUACAACUUACGAUUGGUUAGCACCUUGUGCAAAUUGAUGUACGCUUCUAAGGCUGUGUUGUAUGCAACAAGUCUGGUGAAUACCACUAAGAACCAGGAAAUGGAUAAAGCCUACUCUAGCACUUGUUGGGUGGGGCCCCAGAAUGUUUAGAUUACUCGAAAAGUUUUGUAGUGGAACUUGUACGAUCUGUCAGUUUACUGGGAAGCGGUAUCUUGUACACUCGCAAUUGUUACUAGUCAGCAAACAGCAAUAUCCCAUUUACUGUCUUCCAUACUCAUUGGUUCAGCGUAGUUUGUGUGCUGUGCAGUACCUAUAUAUGUCUUACGACUCUAUUGUUUGAUUCUGCUGACA